UGCAUCUGUCUAUACAACCAAUAAAAGGCCUCUGCAAGUUUUCAUGUAGUUAAAAGCGCUGUCUGACAAGAACACAUUUGGAUAUAUUUUUUACUCAAUCAAAGCAAAGAUCUUUAGACCACUUCAGAGGGCUUCAAGAUGUGGGCAGAAUAUGACUUUCCUCCAUCAGGUCCGCCACGUCUCGAGAGUCUUGUUGCACCAGGUGAUAAUAAAAUUUACACCAUGUACCAUGGCACAUCAAGAGAAGCAGCUGCCAGCAUUUUGGAGUCAGGCUUCAAGAAGUCCAGUGGGGGUAUGCUGGGACCUGGAGUCUACCUCAGCAGGGAUCUGCAGAAGGCCAGCCGGUAUCCUCUGGAUCUGCCUGAGUCACAGAGAGUCGUCCUCAGAGUAAGGGUGAAUGUAGGCAGGGUUAAAAGAAUAGAUCGCCAAGGACACCCCCUGCAGAAGACCUGGCAUGACAAGGGGUACGAUACCGCCUGGUGCCCUCCAGGCUGUGGCAUGGUGAAGAGCGAACUGGAGGAGGACUGCGUAUGGGAACCCAGUCGCAUCAGCUAUAUUGAUGCCAUUCACCCAUACCUGGGUUCAGGUGUCCCCACUUUUGUUGCACCAUGUGAUAAUAAAGUUUACACCAUGUACCAUGGCACAUCAUGGAAGGCUGCAGUUGCUAUUAGGAAGACAGGCUUCAGGCAGUCCAGUGGGGGUAUGCUGGGACGUGGAGUCUACCUCAGCAGGGAUCUGCAGAAGGCCAGCCGGUAUCCUCUGGAUCUGCCUGAGUCACAGAGAGUCGUCCUCAGAGUAAGGGUGAAUGUAGGCAGGGUUAAAAGAAUAGAUCGCCAAGGACACCCCUUGCAGAAGACCUGGCAUAACCAGGGGUACGAUACCGCCUGGUGCCCUCCGGGCUGUGGCAUGGUGCCGAGUGGUCUGGAGGAGGACUGCGUGUGGGAUCCCAGUCGCAUCACCAUUAUGGAUGCCAUUCACCCAAAGCUGGGAUCAGGUGUCCCCAUGUGUGGAGGGGCAUCUUCAGGCUACUACCGCUGAGAGUUCAUUGUUAUACACAAUUCUGUAUGAAUUUCAAUUCUUUCAAUAUACAAUAAGCAAGUUAUUACUUUUAAUAAACUUCUUUACAUACACAUA